GGCGUGAAGGGCUUCGAGGGGCCCAUCCACGUGUUUGGCUUCCCCACGUACCUCCACUUCCAGGCGCCCCAACUCGUCACCAUGAGGCCACGCCCCCCCAAGUUUGCUUUGCUGCCGAGGAAGCCGGAGGACACAUACGCGCCCAACACGUACCUGCUGCUGCUCUACAUCACGCCGUGUGCGCCGGGCAGCAGCCUGGCCGUGCAGGUGCAGCUGGUGAGGCGCGGCGACGGCAAGAAGCUGCCCUCCGUGCCGCGCUGGAUGCUGCACCUCCGCCAGCACCAGGUGUUUGAUGGCGACUCCUACUUCCUGCACUGCCAGGAGCGAGUGCUGCAGGCGAGGGAGCAGCAGAUGGAGAAGGCUCGGGCGAGCAAGGGCGAGGCACAGCCGGGCGGAGGUGCCAUGGAGGGUGGGCGAGGUGAAGCGGGGGGCGCAGGGGUGAAGGGCAGCGCGUGGAGGGCGUUCUACAUGCCCACCAACGCUGACCUCCCUGUCGUUGCCUUCCGCCAAUGGCUCUCCAAAUACGCAGGUGGAGCCGUGGCGUACCCGCCUCCCUUGGCAGGCGUGUUACUGCCCCCCCAGCCGCCCCCCAAGGAGCAGGUGUUGGAGCGCAUGGCCUCCCACACCGCGCACUGCACCGCCUGCUCUGGUGCCCUCACCAACGUGCAGCGCCUCCAGCUGCUUCUGCCAGCCGUCUCGCUGCUCUCUGCUGCUGCUGCUGUCGCCUCCGCCUCCCUGCAUGCUCACCUGCCACUUGCUGUGCUGGCCCUGGCGGCUGCUGCGGCAGCGUGGAAGGUGCAGGAGGUGGCCAAGGAGUUUGUGUACACGGAGUGGGACCAUGCCACGAGGGAUUGA